AUGCAUCCACAAUUAGAUAAACGUAGAUUCGAAACAUGCGAGAAGUUGAUGGAUGCUCUUGAAGAGUGUCAUCGUAUAGAAUUUGUAAGGAAACUUAUGGGGAUGUGUAAUUUUGAAAAAGAUGAAGUUGCAAAGUGUUUACAAUAUGUUAGAUAUCAAGAAGCCAGAGAGAGAGUCAUAGCAUCUAGAGCUAAAGCUAAGGUUACGGAUCAAAAGAGAAAGGAAAACCAGGAUGAUUUAUACGGUAAAAAUGGUUAUUUGAAGAAAAUGAUUGAAAAAGAAGCUGAAAAGAAGUUAAACGGUGGUAAAUAA